UUAUUGUACUCACGCAAAUAGAGGUGCAGUCAUAAGAAAUAUGAAUGGUUCCUCUGCGUUGAUGGCCAUCGCUCAUAUUUUCUUCUGCUAUAUCCUUUUUUCCUCUUUUAAUAAGCCAUUUGGUUAUGGUGCUAUUGUGGCGGAAAAAAGCAAGUCACACACUAUUCCAUCCAUCUGCUCAGGUCCUGAGACUGGUUUGCGGGUAGUCCAUAAAUAUGGACCCUGCUCACCAUUCGGCCUGAACAGAACAGCAGCCACUUCAAGUCAGAUCCUGGUCCAAGAUGAACACAGGGUUCAUGUUUUGAAUUCUAGGUCACACAAAAGGCGUACAGGUGGCGGGAAAAAGAAAGGGAGAGGGAGAAGGCGUACAGGCGGUGGAAAAAAGAAAGGCAAAGAGGAAGCGGUGACGGAACUUGAUCUUCUAAAUGAUUCAAUAGGUGCUGCCAAUUAUUUGGUGGAAGUUGGUUUUGGCACACCCGCAAAAUACUUUAAUUUGGCUUUGGACACUGGCAGUUACAUAACCUGGGUACGGUGCCAACGUUGUACAGGGUCUUCUUGUCCACAACAACACAACGAGUCGCUGUAUUAUCCUUCUUCUUCCUCAACUUCCUCAAAUGCUCCGUGUUAUCCGUUGUGUACUUAUACUCAACCCUAUUUGGACCAUUCCUACGCAAUUGGAUUUUUUGUGGCCGAUACGGUUUCCAUAGAGCACGAGGAUGAGAUUCCUGGAUUUGUUUUCCUUUGUUCCGAUGAGCAAGCCGGGGAUUUCGGAAAAGCAGAUGGGAUACUAGGCUUAGGCCUGGGCAGCGCUAGCGUUGACUUUGGUAGCUAUUCUCUUACAUCCAUGUUUGACAAUGUAUUUUGUCAUUGUCUUCCCACUUCUGAUAAAUCAAUGGGAUAUGUUUAUUUUGGUGACAAAGCUCAUGAGAAGUGCCCGUUUUCCGGUUCUUACACACCGCUUCUAACAGGCUCUGACCCCAGCCUUUAUUUUGUAAAUCUUAUUGCCAUAACAAUAGGCCAGACAAGAGUGGAGAUUUCUUCGGAUGGAUCAUCCCCGAGAGCCAUUAUAGAUUCGGGAACCGUCAUUACCCGUCUACCUUCUUCGGUCUAUUCGGCAUUGCGCACCGAAUUCCAAAGAUUGAUGUCGGGAUACCCGAGUGCACUUCCGGAUCAUUCAUUGGAUACGUGCUACAACCUGGAGGGAUAUAAUGAUCCAGAAAUACCUAUGGUACUGCAUUUUGAAAAUUUGGAUGUAAGUUUGGAUCAAGCAGCAGUUACCUCGAAAGGCAAUGGAAGGUCUCAAGUUUGCUUGGCGUUUGCUGAAAAAGAGAAUGAGGAUGAUCUCACGAUCAUUGGUAAUCAUCAACAACAGAAUCUGAACAUACUCUAUAACAUCCCAGAUCAGAGGGUGGAAAUUGGACCCGGUAGUUGCCUAUAAGUCGAUGGUUAUUUUCUGACUGGGUGUCUUGUUUUUAUUACUAUUUCUUUUGGGUUUGGUUCACUGGUUAUUUUCUGAGUUGGUGUAUCUUUCUUUUGUGGUGCUUUUAUGGCGUUUUCAGCGGCAAUCCAAAUAUCAUAUCAGAAUCUUGUUCAUG